AUGCUCGCGGUCGGGAGCAGGCACCGGCCCGUUAGUCUCGCCUCGGAGAGCGACGCGGACGCCGGGCCGGAGCACGCCCCUCGGGGCACCUGUCCUGCUGCGCCCUGGGCGCGGGCCGCCGCGGCGGCGCUGGCCUGGGCCGCGGCGGCGCUGGCGCUCCGGGCGGCGGCGGGGCGGAGGGGAGCCUCUGCGCGGGCCGCGGCCGGCGCCUGGCGCGAGGCCAUCGUCGAGGCCUCCGACCGCCGGCGUGCGUGCGUCCUCGACGGGGGCCUGCGCGUGAGGCGCUGGGGCGCGGGCGCGGCCGUGCCGGCGGGGGACGCCGGCAGCGGUGCCACGUUCGUUUUCGAGGGGGCGCUCUGGCUGGUCCGCAGCGGCACCGUGCAGAUACAGGCCAGCACCGCCGGCCGGGACGCGGGGCAGGAGGACUUCGCGAACACCCUCAAGGAGAUCGCCAUCGGUGGCUCCUUCUUAGAGAACAACACCCUGCACAUAUCCGCGACAGGCGUGACAUGGCAUUCAGCCGACGGACAGAGGGAGUCCAUCCUCACUGACAUGGACUCUGAAUGGUCGAACGAGCUCGUCAAGGCCACAAGAGAUUUCUCGGGGGAAGCGCUCCAGCCCGAUCCCGCGGUCGCCGAGAGGACCGUGGUGCACCUGAAGCUGCCAAAUUCGGUGCAGCUGCAGAUCGAGCAAUGGCCUGAUCCCGCUGGCCACUAUGUGAAUAUCAAGGUUACGAAGCCAGUAGAGAACGGCGAGGUGGGCUUAUGCGUGGACAGUGCAGCGCCAGCGGUAGGGGUAUCCACAUCGGAAAGCCUCUUCCGUGCUGGCAUCUACACUCGGAGCUGCUCAAGUGUAGAAUCUGAGGUUCCUUGGCCGUACGGGGGUUGUGAAGGCUUGCCAACUGAAGCGAACAUGUAUAGUUCCAGCGCGAUCGACAAUUCAUUCACCUGUGGAUCGUGCGGACAAAAUCAAUUUGUAGAUUUCCUGGGGAAGCUCGCCACGGAUUUGAAGGACUUGAAAGAGGAGGAGUGCUCUCAAGGAGUGAUCUACGGAGUAGCAUUUGGUUCGAAAUAUGAAGACAUGUUAGAUGUCCCGAGCGAGUAUGCUACUCGGUGGCUACUCCAUCUUCACCAGCGGUGUUUCUUUUAUUUCGUUACGGCUGACAAUGAGUCUGAAAACAUAUCUUUGAACCGCACUUCCAAGUCUGGUCUGAACAUUUUGAUCCCUGUGCCGACGAGCGCAUUGCCAUACAAGAGCAUGCGCAGGAAUACAAAAUUAUUCAAGAUGUAUGGGGGUUUUAUCGUCUUUGCAUUUGCGAAGCGCCUUGUUUGGCAGGACGCGAAACUAUUCCCAAUGGAAGUAAAUAAUAGCUGGAUAGGUAUGAUGGACUAUCAGAAGAUGUUCACGGAGAAUGUCGAGCAGCAUGGCACGUGUGCCUCAUUCAGGGCCUUGCCGAAUCAUCGCGUAUCCAUGGGAGAAGUACGCUCAGAUGGUCCUCGGUUCGAGUACCACUGUGCUUGCUUGGAGUCUGCGGAUCGGCCAGAUGUGACAGACGAUUCCAAUACACUCAGGAAGCAGUGCGAUCAUUAUCAGCAGCUUGAUACAGAAAACGGACGUAUUUCCUUAGACAGCGGCCUGAUUGACAGCGCAGUUAUUCUUUGGGAUAUGAGAAGUAAUCGGUGCCGUGAUUUCAAUAGCCAGCUAUCGUGUACUUGGCUAGGCGAAAUCCAAUGUUUUGGAGAUCGUGAUCAGGUGAGCUUCCCAGAAGCUCUACGCGCAGUGGGGGUCUAUGAACCAAGUCCGGUCAGCCCCUUGGAUUCGGAUCGAAAGGACAAGCUCUUCGUUAGAUCAGAUGAUCCGGAAAUUCCGCUGGUGCACAUUGGGAGAACCAGCUGUCAUUGGUACAACUCGAAUUUCAGCAACAACAUGUACACCUGCACCAGUAACCCUGAUGCCGUGGCAAAGGCCAUCGUGGCCAAGGUCACCGCAGCAAAUACAUCGAGCAAAGCCCCGACGAGCAAAGCCCCGACGGGCUUUGAAUCAACGCUGUUGGGCAAACGCUAG